CUUGGGUUGGAUUGUGGAUCUGGAGGGUUUGAUGCUGGUCCACUGAGACCCUGCACUGAUGUAGACCCCUGGGAUCCAGUUAUGGAGAUGAAACAGACAGAAUGUUUUCACACAGAUUUUCCUGCAUAGUGGAGGGGUAGAGACCACGUGAGCUGAAUGUUCACACACACACACAAAUACACACACACUAGUUCAUUUCUGCUGCUGAUGCUGAUGCUGCUGAUGCUGACAUGGUCUCCUGGACUCUCUCAGCUGACUAGGAACGCUGCUCUUUCUAAGUGAUUGUAAUGAUUUUCUCUUUUUGAUCCUUUUUCUCCCUCCUCCUCUCCUCCUCCUCCUCCUUCUUACAUGGUCUUUCUGGAGGCAUGGCUUGGCCGUGUAUCACCAGAGUCUGCUGCCUGGCUCGCUUCUGGAACCAGUUGGACAAAUCGGACCUCUCGGUCCCGCUCGCCACCCAGAACUACUCCGACAUCAGCGACCAGGAGGUGCGCUCCAUCACCAAACAGGUCUCCGCCACGGAACCGCGUACACGGACCGGCUCCCCACGGGUAACCGCAGAUGGAGCAGGGGCCCGGGGAUCGUUCAGGGCGAGGAAGGAGCCCGUCUAUAAGCCCCGGGAAGACUACCACCCGCCCCCAGUGCCUUUCCCCGGGGUAACGCAGUACAAGCAGGACUUCAAACCCUGGCCCAUUCCCAGGAAGGAGAACUUCCCCUGGAUCAGUAACGGAGGGAGUAAGGUUUCGGGCAGUCCGGUGAACACGCACCCUAGCCCGGGGGAGAGAGGGGAGCGGGGCAGGGGCCAGCAGAGGUUGGGGGAGCAGGAGGAGAACAAAACCAGCUGCUACAGGCAGGAGUACAGACCAUGGACAGGGGCGAAACCGGCCAAAAGUGCGAGAAAAAAUCCCCCGGCCGAGUACUUCAGUCAAGUCUCAGAGGCCGCCCACAGCCAGUGUAGGACCAGCUACCAGGCUGCCUACAGCUCAGACACGCACCGGUCCACGGGGCUACAUCAGGGGGAACAAACGGUUCCAUCUGCUGUUUCCAACCCACAACCAGCUGCUGCCCCUCAGCCCAUCGCCGCUGCACUACCUGCUGUCCGUUCAUCCAGCCCCCCGAGCCUCCAGCAGAACAUCCCACCUGAGAGGAUGGAGCUUGGAGGAAGAAUUAAAGGAGAGGAGCAUCAGGUCAAGACCAAACUUUCUCCAAAUGCUUCAGCUGUCUUUCAGAGUGGACCGAGGGUUUUUAAUAUCUAAGGGCUGGUUUAAAUUUUACAAAUAAGUCCACAUAGACUUUCUCCACCUUCAACGAAUCAAGUCUUUUUGUCCAUUCCACAACACAAUAAUCUAUGCAAGGACACAAAUGGCUGAAGAGCAACGAUGUCAACACCAACAACAACAACAACAACAAUAAAAACCACUCCCCUCUGUCUCUGUUGAUGUAGAACUGAAUUUGCAUGAAUCAGAAUUGUUUAAUUUUUUUUUUAUGGAUGCAAAAAAGCAGUUUGCCGUGUGUGUGUUUUGUGUGUCUGUGUGCACAUGGAACACUACCCAUUAAUGCAGAGAAAAUGCAUUUAAACACACACUGCUGAGUCGGCUCCUAAACUGAAUAACAAGAGGUUUGCUUCGGUGUUAUUGUAGAACUCUGCAUGAACUAACGUACGGUUAUUUCCUCUGUUCUCACAGAUCUCCUGUUUUCUGAGAGAACUGUACGGCGUUUUGUAAAAUCUAUCGCAAAGAAAAUUAUUACAUUUGUCCUGUAAAUACAAUAAAGAAAUACAUAAAGCAAUUCUAAAAACUGUUUUAAAUCUGAUGUCUUUUUUUCCUGUGUGACAUUUUUCCAUUUAAAGCCCCAGUGGUGUUUUACUGGAAGGAGACAAAGAACUAUUCAGAACGUGGAGAAACCCACACAGACAAGGGGAUAACAUGUAAACCACAGGGGAUCAAAGCGAUUCCUUUGCUGUAAGGCAAACGCACUACCCACUGCUCCACAGUGAGGCCAGUCUCUUGCACUGCAUGUAGUUUAUUUUAAAUUGAAUAAAGUACAUUUAGAAACUUAACUGAGGGCUGAGGGAGAGUUAUGUUCUUUCUAUAUGUACAGUCUAUGAUUCCUCAGUGUCUGAUGAAUUACAGUCCAAAAGGACAACAUGUAGCUGCUUCAUUCAAACAGUCAGUGCAGUACAACAGGAAGCUACAGCUGGGAUUUAUCUGUUCUAGAAUAGGGAAUUAUAUGUUCGGGUUUUUUUUGGAUUUGUUAUUGAUAGUCCCAGCUACGAGACCUAAAAGUGUCACAUUUUUGGAGGCCAUUCAAAAACGCUCAUGGAUCAUGAUAGACAUAACCAGGACGAUCACUGUGAGUAGGAACAUUUUGGGCGUGAUUUUAUUAGGGUUAAAAAACUGAGGCCUCAAACCUGCACCUAAUAUAAAGAGUCCGUUUGACUCCGAUUGCAUUGACUUUAAAAGACGAGUCAGGUUUGGUAAAAAACUAUUUUUUCUGUUUAAUACAAGAAUAUUAAUUUUUGUUUUUUUAAUUUCUUCUACACUAACAGAGAUCAACACAUGCACUAACGUCCAAGCUCCACAUUUAAUAGAUUCACAAACGAAACCUUUCAUUCUCUCACACACUCCCGUUCGCACACACACACACACAAAGGUAUUACAUACAAAUAGAAAAAUAAAAGUGGAUUUGAAAGACGUCUAUUUUACACUGGUCACGUACUCUUUGAUAAAUACACACGAGUGUUGAAUAAACUCAAUGUUUAAAACACUAUGACAGACGAGGAACGGUGGUUGUUGAUAAUAAUAAUAACAAUAAUAAAAGACAAAUACUGGUGUUUUGACUAAGUGAGGAAAGAAUAACAUUUGAUUCAUUUGAAAAAAAAAAAAAAA